CGCUGGCUCAUAAAAUCGACUAUAUCUCCGACCAUUCUUUGAAGUCCGUUGCAGUUAAAUGGUUAGAAACGGUUUGUUUCCGGGCGGCUGUCAUGACCCUGGGUGUGAGGCAGUAAUUUAUAGCUGGAGGUUACUGCAGCUAUUUGAAAUGCUGCCAAAGAAAGAUACACAAAUGGCGCAAUUGAGGUCUGACACCAAUUUUCCCCAAAGUUCGCUAGGACACAACAGUGCAAAUACAAGUGGAGCGAAUGCAGUGCACGCAAAUUUGGAAGAUGAGGAGGAGGGUGAGUUCUUCGAUGCCAUCAGUGAACCAGAAGACUUUAAAGAAUUUGAAAUGGAUUUAGAAAAUGCGCUGGAGGAAGCCAAAUUGGCCAUUUGCUAUUUCUUCAACAACAAAUUCGAUGAAGCACGUUCACUGAUGCAACCAUACGCGCAUAGCAGCAUGUACCACUCAAUGGGCCACGCUGUCUUUAUAUUCCUCGAAGCGAUAUUAACAUUUGAGCAGCGACACAUUGCCGAAGCCGGGGAUGAGUUGAAGAAAUGCUUAAAUGUAUGCCAACGUUACAAGCGCAAAAACACGAUUACACAGUCCAUCGGGAAGAAAUUCAAGCGGACGAACUACACCCAAAUCUCCGAUUUGGAAGCACACGCUGAAUUGUGUUAUGCGGAGGCGUUACUCCUACGUGCACUACUCACAUUCAUUGAGGACGAGACUUUGACGAGUUUGAUACGCGGCGGUAUGAAGAUACGACAUUGUUACAAUAGCUACAAAGAGUGCGCUCAAAUACUUACACGAAGACAAUGGGAGUCGAAUGUAUCCAAGGUGCAUUUCGAGAGCGGUGUGCGCAUGGGUGUUGGUGCAUUUAAUUUAAUGAUCUCUCUACUACCUUCAGGUGUUAUAAAAGUCUUGCAGUUCAUAGGAUUCUCUGGAAAUAAGACUGCGGGUCUAGCUGAUCUCAACACCGGCUAUCGGUUAUCCGGUUUACGUCAAGUGCUUUGUGCAAUGACCUUGCUUGGCUAUCACCUUAUAGUAUGUUAUGUGUUAAGUCAUCAAGGAGGUGAUCUAGAACUGUGCCAUAACAUCCUUGAGGAACAAUUACUUUUAUAUCCGCAGGGUGUGUGGUUUCUUUUUUUUAAGGGACGACUAGAAUUCAUGAAGGGUAAUUUGGAUGAAGCGCAGUAUUGGUACAAAAAAUCAUGGAAAUCACAAAACGUCUGGACACAGUUCCAUCAUCUCAGUUUUUGGGAGUUAUUGUGGGUAAACUGUUUGAAGCUGGACUGGCGGGAGGCGAAAUUGUACGCCAGCUAUUUAGUGGAGCACAGCAAAUGGUCUCGUACGAUUUACUCCUAUCAGCAAGCGGCUGUAAUGCUAAUGAACGAUGAUCUCGACGACAAUGAGCUGGAAACCGUUGAGUCUCUAAUGCAUGAUACACCAAAGUAUAAGCAAAGGAUCGCCGGAAAAUCACUACCUAUGGAGAAAUUCAUUUGUAAGAAGGUGGCGCGAUAUUUUGCGCAAAAUCAUUACCUCUGUCUUCCAGCUGUUGAGCUGAUGUUUGUCUGGAACGCAUUCAAAGUGCUUAGCAAAAAUUAUCAGCUAGCUGACGGUAUUUUUCGCUUAAUCGAACACAAAAUGGCACAGUUGGGCCAUAAAAACGGGAGUGAUAUUUAUGCAUAUGAUAAUCAAGCAUUGUGUUUUUUAUUACGUGGCGCUUGCUAUCGACAAAUGAAGCAGCCAUUCCUCGCAUUGCAAGAUCUUGAAGCGUGCAUGAACUUGCAAAGUCAAAUCAAAGAAGACACAUAUUUGAUAGCCUACGCCUGCGUGGAAUCGGGACUGGUGCAUGCAGACGAACAAAAUUAUGAAUUGGCUAUCACCACAAUUGAGGAAGCGAAGAAGAAAUACACUGGCUUUUCGCUGGAGUCACGCCUACAUUUCCGCAUACAUGCUGCGCUUAUGGAAUUUAAGGAAAAAAUGAACUUUAAACAUUAAGUUGGAAAAUUGAAAUAAACAUAUUUAUGGAGAUUUGGUUAAAAAAUUAAA